AUGAGCAGCGAGGAACCCGAGAAGACUGGCGAAGAGCAGGUUGAUGAUUUGUUUGGAGAUGCCAGCGAUGAAGAAGUGGUAGACGAAACAGCUGUCAAUGUUUCAGAUGACGAAAACAACGAUGUGCAAAACAGUGCUGACGAUGACGAUGACGACGAAAAGGAGGUGGAGGAAAAAGAGCCUACCCGUGCAGACAUAUCGAUUCCUAGACAUCCUCGAUCACAUGUCCCCACUGGAGAUGCUAUGGUGUUUAGUUUGCCGCGGUACCUCUUCGUGGACCCCGAACCGUUUGCUCCUACCACGUUUGAAUCUAAUAUUAACGAGUUCUUGAAAGACUCUCUAAAAGACAGCACAAGCAAGGAAUUGCAAGAUUCUCUGGAGUUCAAAAAACUGGAGGUGCAAAAUACUAUCAGAUGGCGUUAUGCAAAGACAGCCUCGGACGAACUUUAUAAACAAUCCAACGCCUCGAUCGUUGAGUGGGAGGACGGUUCCAUGUCGCUGAAAAUUGGAGACGAGUUCUUCAACAUCAAACUUAACAACAACGAGGAUGAGAUUCUGGUAGCAGAGAGCGGCGACUUGUAUCUCCCAGUGACGGAACUCAAGAAAAGCAUCCAAGUCCUUCCUUCUUCCACCAGCUCCAGAGCACACAAAAUUCUGGCCAACACCCUGCAGUCUAAUUUACGCCUGAAGAAAUCGAAAAAGAUCAAUACCAUAGUCACAACGGAGGAUCCAGAGCUUAAGGCAAGAGAGAUGGAAAAGGCCCAGAGAGAAAUCGAGAAGGCCAGACGGAAGCAGCUUGCCAAACUGGCAAUGGAGGAAGAACGACAGGAGCGCGAGUCCAGAACAACAAGUCUGGCACACUCCAUUGACGCUGCCGAGGACGAGGACGAUCAGGACGACGGCGAGUACAAUGACAAGGACGACUUUGUUGUCAGCGACAACGAGCAAGAUUCAGGCCUGGAUGAUGACGAGCUUGAUAAAGCUGCUGAGAAGCUAAGAAACGUCAAGCGUGCCGGAGAAGCUAUGUACCGGGAAAAAUCUCAGGAGGUCGAGGAGGAGGAAGAUGAUGAAGGUGCCGUCGUGCGGAAGAAGCGUCGUGUGGUGCUUGACGACGAAGAGGACGAGGACUAG